GGAACAACUUAACAACUAAUGACUCCACUAAUGAUAAUAAUCAAAUAAAUAAAAUUAAACUAAACUAGUAUCCGAUCAUCUUCUUCAUAAGUUGGUUUUCAGCAGUAGAGGAAGCGCCACGUACUCGAACAACAAAUCAUUGACCCCAUCAUUGAUGAUCUUUAUUUAUGCUAGAGCAUCAUCAUAAUAUGUCUUAGAGAAGCUGAACUAGACCAGCUUGAUCAUCUUAAAUUGAGGAUACAUAGCUAAAACGUAACCAAACUGCAAUCUUUGAUAUAUUUCUCGAUCUUAUCAUGCAGUCCUUUGAUGAAGUUGUUGAUGAAGGAUCACCAUUAGCAGCAAGUCGAGAGAGCUCGACUUGAAUCUUCUAGGCUUCAUGGAAGAAAGUGAUUACAAUUGGGUUCAUUGAGGACGAGAGAAGGUUAUUAGCUGCAUCCACUAGAUAUUUCAGGGUUGAGCAAAUUAAAUCUUUUUUAACUUGCUUACCACCCAAUAUUAAUAGUACUUCCUUGUAGUGAGGCUCAAAGGUAUGCAAGCAUAAAAAUACGCCUUUCAAUUCUGAAGCAGCUAGAAGCAUUUCCCACAUUGUGUUCCACUGAGCCUGGUCGUGGUGUCAGAGGUUUUGUCCGUUGGGAGUGUUGAUGCUAUUUGAGCACAAGAAACUCUCCUUGCAGUACGAGGAACGAAGGAGAAGCAGAAGAGGAUUUUAUUUAAUCCGGAAAAAUGCAGACUGUUCCAAGUAUUAAGGUCUUCGCCAUCCGUUUUCCAGCAAUCUCGUCGGAGGGUUUUUUAUUCCGGUUCUCGUUGGAAUCUGUUAAUGUCACGUCCUCCAGUUUUUGUGGAGCUUUGGCCGUUGUGCCAAUCACGCGCAAUUGGCGCGAUUCCCCCAUUGCUACCCGCCUGAUUGUUAAUCGACGGUUGCACUGGCAUCUUUUAUCUAUCCCCAAUGUUCCUUGUUGCUGUGCUGAAGUUAUCACCACUUUGCAAGACGGUUUCAUGGCGGUUCUCAUCUGGGGUGGUUAUUUUUUCAUCGUUAUCGCCUGCGACUGGGUUUUAUUUAAUCACUUCUUUCGUUAUCUUCGUCUGUAUGACGCUCUUUCCCCCAUUUUCCCCUUCUAUGCGAUUAUGGCUUCCUCUAGUACUAAACACACUGCUGCUGACUUGGUGGUUCGUGUUUCAGGGGUUGACAAUUCGGCGGCCGAGGAACGUAAAAAACUGAGUUUGGUUGCUCAUAUUUUUUAUCCCAAUCCUCCAAAUCGACUGGUCAUUCAGAAGAUCCUCACUCGACUCUGGGGGUUGUCUGUCUCUCUUUUGGUGUAUGACGCUGGGCACGGCCUUUAUCAAUUUUUGUUUGCGGCUGUUGCGGAUCGGAAAAGGGUCCUGGACAAUCAACCAUGGCCUUUCAAGAAAUUUCUGAUGCAUGUCCUGCCGUGGGAAACUCCCUCUCUGGAGCUGUUCAACCGCAUGACGUUUAUGCCAUUAUGGAUUCAACUCCGUAGUCAUUCCAAAGCCUGGCAUGACAACUGUACUCCGAAGUUCGGGCACGAACUAGUGGCUCCAUUGGGUGAUGUUCAGGAAGUUGGGCUCUAUGGAACUCGGACAGAUGCAGGCUUUUUCCUGAAGGCAAAGGUCUCCAUUGACGUCACCAAGCCAUUCUGGGGACGAGUGCAGGCGGUCCUGGACGACGGCGCUCGUUUUUUGGUAUAUCUGUGCUACGAGCGCCUCCCUCCUGUCUGCUUCCGCUGUGGAUUGUUUGGUCACGGCCAGGCUACUUGCCCUCAUCGUGACACUCUUCCUUAUAACUCGGGGGCACGGGGACGGUGGAUGUCGGCUAACCCAGAGGGUACCCGACUUGAUGCUACCACUAUGCGGCCAGCCAAUUUCUAUCGUGAGGCUGCCUGGCGUGCGGCAGAUGCCAUUCCCCCAUUGGAAUCCAGUUUGGAGGAUUUACAUCUCACCAUCACUCCUAAGACGGAGAUCCUUCUGGCCCUGCCCGCUACUGGUCCUACUUCGGCAGGCUAUUCCCAUCGCAUUCCAGGAGGGAACUCACCUGGCUCAGCAGGCUCUACCACUAUCUCGUCACCAUGUGCGAAUCCUUGUAUUCCUUCACCACCGAGACUAACCGAGAAGGCUCGAGGUAAGCAACCGAUGGUGGAAGUUGACCCACCACUACCACCUCGGAAGCUUAAGUCUUUUCGUAUAGGACUCUCUGAAGAGGAUCUACUUGUUGAUCGCAAACGCACUUCACUGGAGGCGGAAUUGGUCACUACGCAGCCGCCGAUUGGGAAGAAAGCACGUCGAGUGUUGGAGUUUUCGGAUGCUGUUCAAGAGGCUUGUGAUUAUCUCACGGAGGCUUUUGGUCUGUUGCUACUGGAUUUUCCUGGGGUCAAAUAUGAUCCGGUCCUGGACAUUAUGGAUCAACCUCGUCAAGAGUUGAAUGAGGUCAUUCUUGGUCCAACUAUCUUGCCGUUGGGCCCAUUCCCACCAAUGCUACCUGCUCCAUCUUGGGAUGUCAAUGAGACUAUGGCAAUUGUCCCUGCUACUACCAAAUUGGAAGGCCUGGAGCUGCUCGAGCCCUCUUCUCCUCAGUCGGGCGGUUCUGCCUCUGUUGCUGUCGUGGAUCCGCCAAAGGAGACUGCUGCGGUUGAGUCGCUUACCCCUGAAGACAUUGAUCCUAUCACUGCUCCUGUGGUGGAGGUGACCAGCCCGGAUUGGUCACCGAUCAUUAAGUGACGCUUUUGAGUUGGAAUUGUCAAGGGUUGGGAGGUACCUUGACAUUCCGUGAACUCCAACGUGUUAUUCGUAGUAAUAAAUCUAUGUUUGUUUUCUUAAGUGAAGUUAAGGUAUCUAUGUCUAGGUGUGAAAAUAUUAUUUCGCGGUUGGGAUUUAGAAAUCCUUGUAUUGUACCCCCUAGCGCGACGUCGGGAGGGGGUUUAGCUUUUAUGUGGCACUCUACUAUGCGGGUCACUAUUCUUGAUAGCUCGCCCACGUUUAUUGCAUUUAGGUGGGAUGUUUCUCUAAAUAAAAGUGUGGUUCUUGUUGGUGUGUACUUAUCUUGCGAUCUUGUAAUUCAUAUUACGCAAAUUCAGGCUUUGUUUACUUUCUUACGUUCUUUAAACCUCCCAUAUAUAUUAUUUGGUGAUUUUAAUACUAUUUUGUCGAGUAAUGAAAAAAGGGCAGCGAGCGUUUUGACUCCAGGUCUGCUACUCCUCUUCGCGAUUUUAUUGAUGACUUUGGUUUACUAGACAUAGGCUUCCAUGGGCAUCCUUUUAUGGCUCCAAUCAUGGUACGGGGACCUCUCUAAUUGAAACAAGGCUGGAUAGAUUUCUUUUUUCGGCGGAGGCAGUCAAUUUUUUUCCUGAUUCCAUUAUCUUGCAUUUGUCGGACAUGGGAUCCGAUCACCGUAUGAUUUUAUGGCGAUGUCGUCGGCGGGCUGUGAAGCACAAGAAACUCUUCCGUUUUGACAAUCGUUGGACUAAUAAUCCGGAGGCUCGUCUUAUUAUCGACUAUUAUUGGAACAUUCCUGUUUCGGGAUCCCCUAUGUACUGCCUUCAUAUCAAACUAAAACGUGUGCGUCAUGCUCUUUUUCAAUGGACGUUGGGUGGAUGUUCGAACUCUCGUCGGCAAAUUCAUGAUCUUACCCAAGCUAUUCGUAUGCAACGGGCGAUGUUGAUUCGGAAUUGGGACUACAUUCGAUUGUUGGAACGAGAUCUUACCAUUGCUUGGGAGCAAGACGAGGCUUAUUGGCAACAACGAUCGCGUGUUAACUGGUUGCAGGGUGGGGACCGAAAUACUAAUUAUUUCCAUAGGGUCACUCAAACCCGUCGUGCUCGAAACUUUGUGUCCUCUCUUCGCACUCCUACUGGUACAAUUGUUGACGAUGAGCAAGAAAAGGGCGUGGUCUCGGUAACGCACUUCUCGACCCUAUUUACUUCGGAAACUUCUCCUGCUGACUUUAAUUUUGCAGUGGAUAUUUUGCCCUUGUGGCCCAAAGUCACGCCUGCUAUGAAUGAGGCUCUACUUGCACCAGUUCUUAAUUCUGAAAUUCGACAUACUUUAUUCCAGAUUGGCUCUUCCAAGGCUCCGGGUUCAGACGGGUUCACGGCUCUGUUUUUCCAACACUUUUGGGACUUAGUUGGUUGCGACGUAUGCGCGGCGGUGAAAUCCUUUUUCCGUACUGGGCAUUUGUUACAAUUCUUUAAUCAUACCUGGCUUACUCUAAUUCCAAAGGUGCCUCAAGUGGAAACAUGUGCGCAGUUGCGGCCUAUUGGUUUGUGCCAAGUAUUCUACAAACUUAUUUCCAAAAUCAUCGCUACUCGUCUUGGCAAGUGUUACCUCAAGUUAUCUCCACCUAUCAAAAUGGCUUCGUAAAGGAUCGCUCGAUUGUUGAUAAUGUCAUUCUUAGUCAAGAAGUUAUGACGUACCUACGUAAUAAAAGUACUGGCUAUGA